CGUAAUUAUAGGUUAAGUACCUCAUGAUGUCAUGAUUUUGUAAAUAAAUAUAAAAGCCCAACUAAAUUCCAAUUUUUUGAUAACUACCACCUGCGAAAUAUGUGGUCGUUUUUCUCCAGAGAUCCAUCAAAAGAUUUUAAUUUCGAAAUCGGUGAAGUUGUACCGGGUUUCGAGGGUAAAAGCGUUUGGUCCUUGCACAAAGGAAAGAAAAAGGGCUCAAAUGAAGAGGUUUCUGUGUUUGUAUAUGACCAGAAGAGCGGAUCAGAUUCUCACUUAGAUAUUGCCAAAGCAGCCAUCAAACGGUUAAAGACUCUCCGGCACCCAAGUGUGCUAACUUACUUGGACAGUUUAGAGACUGAAAAGGUUUUGUAUUUGGUUACCGAACAUGUUGAACCUUUGGCAGUACAUUUGGAGAAACUGCCUUUGGAGGAUCCUCAAAAGGAUUUGUAUGUAGCAUGGGGAAUAUUUCAGAUUACAAGAGCCCUUUCGUUUCUUAAUAACGACGGCGCUCUACGUCACAAUAACGUCAACAUUUGGUCAGUAUUCGUGAACAAUUCAGGAGAAUGGAAACUAGGAGGUGUCGAAUAUGUGCUCAGUGCCCAAGAGAGCAAUAUUUCCAUAUACAAAGCUACGCCUGCUUUAGAAAUUUAUGAUCCACCAGAAAAAAAUGAUCCAAGUAAACAACGGCUGAUAACAAAAUGUUCUUCGGAUAUGUGGGGCUUAGGUUGCCUGAUUUGGGAAGUAUUUCAUGGGCCUCUCAAUCAGCAAAGCUUGUUAAGGAAUUAUGAAAAGUUGCCAAGACAAUUAACAAAUCUAUAUUCCGAGCUGAUUAAUAGUAAUCCACAAACCAGGCCAAAUCCAGCAGAUAUUAUUACAAGGUGUCGUAAGGUGGCAGGUUAUUUUAAAAAUGACCUCGUGGACACUCUGUUAUUUUUGGAAGAGAUCCAGAUCAAGGAUAAAAAUGAAAAAAAUCGAUUUUUCUCAAACAUCACGCCUCAUUUAGACAAUUUCCCGGAUAACAUAUGCAAACACAAAAUCUUGCCUCAACUAAUUACCGCUUUUGAAUAUGGAGAUGCGGGGUCUGCUGUGCUGGCUCCAAUGUUUAAGCUCGGAAGGCUCUUAGAUGAAUCAGAAUACCAAAAAAAAAUUGUGCCAUGCGUAGUGAAGUUGUUCGGCAGUAACGAUAGAGCAACAAGAUCGCGCCUCUUGCAACAACUGGAGCAUUUUAUUAGUCAUCUUCAAGCCAGCACAGUUAAUGAUCAGAUUUUUCCCCAGAUUGCUCAUGGGUUCAUGGAUACCAACCCAACUAUUCGUGAACAGACUGUUAAAUCUGUGAUACAUUUAGCCCCUAAGUUAAGUUACAACAAUCUGAAUGUGGAAGUUUUGCGACAUUUUGCCCGUUUGCAAGCCAAAGAUGACCAGGGCGGUAUUCGGACUAAUACUACAGUCUGCUUGGGAAAGAUUGCGCACCAUUUGCACCCACAAAUUAGACAAAAAGUUUUGGUUUCUGCUUUUAUUCGGGCUAUGCGAGAUCCGUUUCCGCCUGCGAGAAAUGCCGGUGUCCUGGCGUUAGCUGCUACCCAACAGUACUACCUUCUAGCUGAAGUUUCUCAAAGAAUUCUACCGGCUUUAUGUCAGUUAACGUUAGAUCCAGAAAAAUCAGUGAGAGAUUCAGCUUUUAGGACUAUCAAAGGAUUUUUAGGAAAAUUGGAAAAAGUAUCUGAAGAUCCCAGUUUAAGGGAGAGUAUGGAGGCUGACGUAAAUACUGCUACGCCCAGUUUAAGUAACGCAGCGGCGACAUGGGCGGGAUGGGCUGUGACAGCCGUAACAGCGAAAUUCUACCGAAGUCAAUCAGACACCGUUAAAUCGAUGAAUACGUUUGCUAAUAAAAUGCUUAAUAAACCAGGAUCCUUAGAACAACCUUCAAGCAGUAGCAUAUCGACGACCACCUCUAGUGUGACUUCGAUGACCUCAUUGGAACAUGAGGAGGGAAGCAGAGGAAACGAGUCCGUCUCUGAUUAUGACUAUGAUCAUUGGGGGGAUAAUGAUAACUGGGGUGAUAUGGAGACCGGUGGGCAAAUGGCAAGUAGCAGCGGUAGUGGUGGCAUCACGGGAACCCAGAGCGAUCCUACUAGCCCACCCUCUGGUUCCGCCGGAGUAAAAGUCAUUGACGGAUGGGAUAAUGAGGAGUGGGGCAGUAUAGAUAAGGAACCGGAAGCAGAAACUGACAUGACAUCACCUUCAGAUGCCUGGAGCCCUACAGAGACCACUCCGAUAAAGAAGAUGGAUAAUGGAAAGGGAAUGGUUAAUAGAAAACCCCAGACGGCUUGGGAAGACACCGAAUUUGAGCCAAUCGACGAAAAUUCUAGUAUAGGAAAUCAAAAACUGGAAGAAGCCAGAAAAAAACGUGAGGAAAAAAAGCUAAUGCGACAAAAAGAGCUGGAGGCACGACGAGCUAAUCGUACCGCCACGGGAGGCCCAAUGAAACUAGGUGCAAAAAAAGUCUAAAAUAAAAUUAAGCAAAAUUUUUAUUGGUGAUUGCCUUAAUCAAAUUGAUAUUAUUCUGUCGGAACUAGGAUAAUAUUUAUCUUCAAAAAAAAAUAAGACUGAUAUUUGAUGAACGUCGAAACUAAUAUUGGAAAAGAAUCAAAUUCUUGUCUCAUUUUUAUUAUAUCGCAUUUUUAAAUUUAUUAUAUUUGUGUGUGUACAUUAUGCGGAACUGAUAGAACUAAAUGUCGAUACUGUGUAUGUAGUCUAUUACUUAUGUAAUUCAUCGUUAUAGUAAAUGUUUUUAAUAAAAUCUGCAUAAUAAUCGCUGUGGCUAACAGAUCGUUAACGGCUGAGUAUAUUUGACUGUUAAUCUAUUAUAUUACAUCAUAGAUGACGUCAUAAUACCUUAAUAGCAAUAUAUAUCCCGACUGAAUAAGUGUCGCCCGGCAAAAAAGUGAGGUUAUGCAAACGUUACGUAUACACCGGCAAUAUGUAACUAGGAUUGUAAUAAGGUAAUCCAGGAGGUACUAAUGAGGUUUAAUAAUUACUAUACUAUAGGAUAAUAAUUACGUACAAUUAAAUGGUUUCAAUAGACCUAAUUGAGUCCAAAUAAAUUAAGGGUUACAAAAGCAUGCCGGACAACACCAAUCCGUUCUGACUUUUUUUCCCAACACAUUUUAUGUGAUAUCUCCCGGGGCAACUGGAACAUAUUUUAAAAUUUUCUGAACAUGUAUCUAUUUCAGCACUACAUAAACAUAGAAAUUUAAUUCUUUCCUUUUUUGAAAAUAUAAUUUGAAGAGUCUGCUGGAAAGCCAGAUGAUUCUAGCAAUAUCUAAAACAAGUAUGUGCACGUGAAUAGUGUGCUCCGAGUUUAACAAGCUGUUUCUUAGGACUGAGUGGAGGAAGUCGAAUAACUUGUUAUUAAUACUUGCUGGUAAACAGUUUCUUAACCACUCUCCCUGCGGAGGUAUAAACUAUUAUUUUAAUUAAACCUAAUCAUAAAAUUUACUGCAAACACUAUCUGCAGUAUUGCGAAUUUUGUUUUCCUGUGUUGGGACUAUAUUUCUCAUAAUUGUGCAAAAUGGAAGAUCUAAGAAAUAAACAGUUAUUAGCUUUACUAACCCAAAAUAUGCAAGCUAUUAAAAAACUGGAGAAGGAGAGCAAAGCACUCGGAGAUAGAGUUCAGCAAUUAGAAUAUCAGACUCAUUCCAAAAAUCUACUGCUGUUUGGCAUUAAGGAAAUUAUUCAUGAAGAUCUUAUAAUAUUGAUGCUAUAUUAUCGGAAUUUGCACAAACUAUGCUACAUAUUAAUAUUAUAUCCCAAGACAUUUAUGAGGCUUUCCAAAUUAGGCAAAGAUCUGAAAAUAGAGUGAGACCGAUAUUAACUAAGUUUGUAACGAACUCGCUUGUUUCAUGUUAAGAGGGGCGUAUAAGCUAAAAAACACUGAAUAUGCAAUCUCAGAAGACCUACCUAAAGAGCUACUUGAUCUAAAGAAAAAGCUCUUAUUUUAUAAGAAGUCUGCCCAAAACCAAGGGUACUCCGCUAAAUUGAAAAAGGAUUGUCGAAGAAUUAAUAAUAAAACAUGGCGCCUAGAUUUGCAAAAGCUUGUUCCACUAAGCACUGAUCUACCACCAAUUGAAACUGCACUGCCUAGUGCCCCACCAGUUGCCAGUAAGACAAUCUUGGUAGCCAACCCAUUGGAACAACGUUCAUCGAAGGGAACAACGUCAGUUCCUGAAACGAAAACUACGAACACCAGAUACAACUUUCGCUCAAAAAACUAAAGCAACCCAACAUGUUCAAGAAUAGCACUCCAUCAUGCUAUUAUCAAAAUGUGCGCGGCUUAAAUUCCAAAAUCGACUAAUUCUUUUCUUCAAUAAGCGAUUCUGAAUAUGACAUUGUCGCGUUAACAGAAACCUUUUAUCCCGUUGAGUUUUUACCGCUCUCGGUGGGGAGGACAACAGUUCUGAAUUGUUCCCGGCUGAAUACGAGGUACGCCGAACAGAUUGAAGUUUUCAGGUCAAUUUAUCACGUGGAGGCGGAGUCCUGCUGGCUGUCAAAACCCAAUAGUGUGCUCAACAAUAGACACUAGUCUUAAUAGUUUUUCUUAUAUAGAUUUUGUUCUGUGUAAAUGUCUACUUUCUUAUAAACCAUUGUUUGUGAUUGUAUUAUAUAUACCCCCAAAAAUAACCGAUGACGAGUUUAAAAGAUUUUUUUAAAGGCUAUUACAAUUAGACAUAACUGGCGACUUUUUAAUAAUUGGCGAUUUUAAUGUGCCCAAUUAUGUAAGUAAUCAAUGCCAGCGGGAUAGAAAGAGCACCUCUGUUAAUUCAUUUUUGUCAUUUUUUAAGUUAAAGCAAUAUAAUAUUGUGCUAAAUCAGUCUAAUAGGCUGUUAAAUUUGGUAUGUUGUAAUGCUGAAUGUAGAGUCACCCAAGAUGAAUUGCCAAUUGUCGCUCAAGAUGCCGAUCACCCUGCCUUAUCAAUUGAUAUAAAUUUAUAUUUCUUUUAGGGAACAUGUUCAUCAAAAAUCAUAUAAUUUUAAAAAGGCGGAUUUUCCUCGUCUCUACGAUGAGAUACUAGGAACUGAUUAGCAAUUUCUCUGUGAUAUCGGUGAAAUAAACUUAGCUGUAGAAAGCUUUAACGAUCAAUUGCAAAAAAUAUUUGCUAAACAUGUUGCACUUCGCGUAAUACAGAAACACCAAUAUCCAUGCUGGUAUACCACAGAUAUCAUUAAAAAUGUAAAACACAAAGCUAGGUUGCAUAAAAACUUUUUUUUUUCAAUUAACUUUGCUGUUUGUAUUGUUUAUGUUUUUUUUUCUCUCUCUUUGAGAUUUAGGUAUAAGGGUAUUUAUUUUGUUUGGGGUCUAUAAUUUGUGGUUGCUUAUUUUUAUAUAUGAAGUUCAAGAUUGUGUGGAGAAUAUUUUAGUUUUAAUUCAUGUAUGUCUUUAUUAUAUCUUAAAAAUUCUUAAAAAGUUAUUGUAACCUUUGUCUCUGUAAAUGGUUUAUACUAUUGGGCUGUAUUGCUAAAAAUAAAUAAAUAAAUAAGUAUGACAUGGAUAAUAUACUUUAUUACAUAUAUUCGUAUACAUAUAUCGUUACAUAAACUCGUAAAGUACUUGACUAAUUAUAAAUUUAUAUUGGCAUUAAAAUUGUGCAGUUAAAUUCCAUUAAAUAAACAUCACCUUUAGUAUUUUUUUUAAUAUCGUCAAUAAUAGAUGUGAAUUCAUUAUCUAUAUUUAGUAACCUUAGAAUAAAUCGGUGUUUUUCAUUAAUGCCAAGUUUGGCAAAUGGCAUAGGUUUUUUAUUAUUUUUUUUCUUUUAUUUAAGCCAAUGGUGGUCAGAGCUUCACCUUUUACUCUACCUCUUUUUUUUUGGCAUUUUAAUAUUAUUGUAAUAGCCGGGUACUAAGGGCAAGUAAAACAAAGAAGAUUCCCCAUCUAAAACUGUUUAUUGAAUGAAUUGAAAAAUAUUUCCAUACAAAAGCAAUUGAACAGCGUCACAGUUACCUAAUUAGACACGAGCCGCGAUAUAGCUUAUUUUGCAAAUAGCUGCUAUACUAGGUCGACUAAUUAUUGCAACCAACUAUUAAUGUUUAUAAUAAAUAAAAUGUAACCUACUUUGCUUUUAAAGAAUUUGCCUAAUAUUAUAAAUAAUUCCUUUACAUCAUUCCCUUUUGGAGAAGGACCUUCACUAUGGCCACUUGUCAAGGUCAUUCUUUGGGAAAAUAUAACAUUAAACAUUUUUUAAAUGUUGAUUUACCUUUAUUACUUAACCUACCGAUUCUUACAGUUAAGCUUAACUUAAUAAAAAAAGACUUGAAAAACCUAUAAAAACCUUAACCCUGAACCUUAAAAUACCUAUAAGCGACUUUGCAAAGUCAGUAUAUAUGAUUAAAUUUCUUGCUUAAAAAUAUUCCCAUAAGUACAUAAACAAUAAAUUAUAAGUAAGUACAUGAAUAUAAUGUAACUACAAAAACAUCAAAUUAAUCUUAUUUAUAGAAAAUAUUUUCUCACGCGGUUUUUGUGUAAAGUAAUUAAUUUUCCUUUAUCGUCCUUUAUAGUGCAGUUUGGGCCUUCUGUGCCGAUAACUGAAAAAGGACCAUUGUACCACGAGUCAAAUUUAUGCCGACUUUCAUUUGUAACCGUAACUAAAUCACCUGGACUCAAAUUGGAUACUUUUGCGUUUAUGUCAAGUUGGGCUUUUCUGUCCAACUUUGCUCGUUUAAGAAACUCCCCUGCCAUUUUAUGUGCCAAUUAUAGCCUAUAACGAAAUUCUUGAUCGUAAGCAUCUAUAUUGUACAAUGGAUCAACUUGAGAGUUAUUCAAUGAGUCUUGAAAAUCAGCUUUUUUUCCAAAUACCAGCUCGAACGGGGUAAAAUCAUGAUAAGAACUUGGUGUCGUGUUGUAACAAAAUGCGUAGUAUUGAGUCCAUGUAGACCAGUCUGUUUUUGAAUCGUUAAUGUACAUCCUUAAAUAUUCAUUUAAAACGCGAUGAUUUCGUUCACAGCCUCCAAUUGUUUGGCUGUGAUAAGCUGUUGAGAUUUUAUGAUCUAUUUUUAGGAUUUUAGUUACAUUUUCAAAUACUUGGUUUUUAUAUUCGGUUCCCAUAUCUGUCCUAAUUUUUCGCAUAGGACCAUAAAUAAGAAUGAAAUUUUUAACAAUAGCUUUUGCAACAGUUGAAGCUUGUUUGUCUGAUAUUGGAAUAAUUAUUACGUAUUUUGUUACUUCGCAUUGUAUAGUUACCGCAUAUUCGAAACCGUCGUCAGAUUUGGGAAAUCUGCCGAUUGUAUCUAUACAGACAAUAUCAAAAGGCUUUUGGGGGGUUGGGGUAAUUACUAGUGGUUCAUCGAGUUUAAUUUUAAUUUUGUUUACUUGGCAUUUAUGACACUUUUUUAUAAAAUUGGCGACGUCGCGUGACAUAUUUUUCAAAGUAAAACUAGCCUUCAGCUUUUUUAAAAGCCGUUUUUGGCCACAAUGUCCGCCCAAUAUAGGGUUAGUAUGGUAAUCCUCAAUUAAUUUAAUUUUUUCAUUCUGAUCUGUAACUAAUUUCUUUACUUGCGAAAGAGCAAUACUAGUAUUUUUUUAAAUGUUAAGGCCUAUCUCUUUAAACUUAUUAAUUGCGCAUAAAUUAAAAAUUGAAUCUCCUAAGCUUAGUUUUAUUUUGUUUAUAUUUAAAUCUCCAGCUAUAUUAUCCAACUGAGACAACAUAUACUCUAAUGCAAUGUUGCCAUUUGAUAUUUUAAAAGUUUUUUGUGCAUAUAACUUGUUUUUGUACCUAAUAAGCAUCCUAAGAUGAUUAGGUCUAACUUGAAAAUCCAGUAAAGGUAAUUUAAUAAUGUCAACAUUACGCACUGCUUCGUACACAGAUGGUUUCAAUAUUGUUUGUUGCAACACUAGUUUAGUAAUUGAUUCGGUAGUUCUAGACAUAGAUCGAGUAAUAGCCAAUACUUGAGUAAUGCCUCUAUGAACAUCUUGAAGUGCAUGAAUACUAAUUCUAUUAAGAGCAUCGGCGCAAACGUUGCGUACCUUUUACGUAUUCAAUAUCGAAAUUAUAUUCUUGUAAGUCUAGUCUGAUUCUCGUAAGCUUAGAUGAAGGAUCUUUCAUGGAAAAUAAAUAUACCAGCGGUCUAUGAUCUGUACGCACUAAAAAUUUUGUACCGUAAAUAUAGCAAUGAAAAUGUUUAAUUGCCCAAUGAACUGCUGUUUAUUCUUGUAAAAUGGCUGGUUUAUUGGACUCUCCCUUGGUAAAUGAUCGGGAGGUGUACGCCACUGGCAGAUCGUUGCCAUUAAAAUUUUGUGAAAGAACAGCAGCGCAUGCAAUUUUUGAGGCAUCUGUUGUUAUUAUAAAUGGUUUCGUAAAGUCAGGGUAUUGCAAUAUUUUAGGUGAAAUUAAAGAAUUUUUUAAUUCAUCAAAGAUUUUUGAUAAUCUGGCGUCCAUGUAAAAUUAACAUUUUUUUCUAGUUAAUUUAUUAAGAUGAGCUGAUAUUUCUGUAAACCUAGGUAUAAAUCGGCGAUAGUAGUUUGUAAAGGCAACAAACCGCUUGACCUCGUCAGCAGUUUUGGGUACUGGAUACUUAUUUAUGAUGUCAUAUUUACUAUCGUCGGGUAAUAUACCUUUGUUUGUUAUUUUGUGACCUAGAUAUGUUACUUCGUUUUUAAAGAAUUUGCACUUUUUAGGAUUUAAUUUUAAGUUAAAUUUUCUGCAUGUUUCAAAAACUUUUAUACAGGUUUUGAAAAUGAUAAUUUUCAGAACAACGAUAAGAUCAUCUAUAUACAAAAAAGCUCUUUCAGGGGUAAUGCCGGCGAAUGCCAUUGACAUCAUCCGCUGAAAGCUGUUUGGGCUAACUGAUAGUCCAAAAGGUAAACGUGUAAAUCUGAAAGAUCUCGCAUCAACACUGUAAGACCCUGUUUAUUUUCUAAAGAAUUGAAAUAUUUUUCUUAGUCAUUAAGAUGAAAUUUAUCGGUCUGACCGAAAAGAGGUCCAGGAUAUUUACAAAACUAAAGCUAGCUCAGCGGUACCGUAAGUAACCGAAUACGGUUUACACUUAGCGUUUCCCCUCGGGAAUUAUUUUUAUGGGUUUCGAUAAAAGAGUGAGAUAAAUAUUUGGUUUAUAAAAUUCAUUUGAGUUUUGGUCACUAAAGAGUGAAGUUAUUUAAUAAAAACAAUAAAGGGUGUUGCGACGUGAAAUAAGCUGUGUUGGUUUGGUGUAGUGUUUUACUACAAGAAAGGGUGAGUGUUAUCACAGAGUAUGCUUAUUUCUAUCUUAUUGAUUGCACCAAUAUUUUACCUUUUUAACGAAAUAUGUGAUUAAUGAAAUAUUUUAAUGACCGAUUGUUGUUUGUCUUGCUUGUGUUGUUGUGACGAUUGUUUAUUGUUUCUUGUUAAGAUACUGAGCUGGUCUGGGACCAUUGCACAGCUCGUUGUGUUUAACAAGGCUUUGUAUCUGGAGAGGAACCUCGCGUUUUGGUGUCCAUUGCACCCCUCAGUACAAAGUGUGUUAUCGUCAAGUGGUCUAGAUCGGAGAUUGCUGUCUCAAUCUCAUGUUUUAUGAUAAUGUUUUUGGUAGCAUUUUGGCUACGGUUUGUGAGUAAUGUAGUGCUCACGUUUUGGCAUAUUGAACGAUUGUAUAUCAUUCAAUAUCAGUACGUUGUCGUUACUGGGACAUUUAACAAUCGGAUAAAAAUAAUAAAUUGGUGAAUAAUGAAUUUUGGGAUAUUUAAGUUAAGUGGUUAAAUGUUGGUGAACAUGAAUUAAAUGGUUAUCGUAAAAGUAAAAUCACUGAGCAAGUUUAAAACAUAUUAAUUCAUAGCUUUCAUAUUAAUGAGUUUUGCUUAACUUCUUUUUUUAUUUAAUUAAUUUUACGGGAAUAAGUGUGCUCAGGUUACUUUUAUUAUUUCAGGUCUACACGUCACCAUCUCUACUUUGGAGUCGCCCAAGCGCCCAGUUGUUUUACAAGGUGUUUAUUCUAUUUUUAUGAUUUAUUUUGAUUAUUUUGAACUAUUUUGAAUUUAUUUAACGUAUUAAAAAUUAUAAAAUUAUUUAAAUGAUGCUCACAGGUUUUAAUUAUUAUAACACUAAACUGAGUUACGUCUCGAGAGUUUUCACAUAAGGGUACCUGGUGAAAACCACUAAUAAGAUCAAUUACUGAAAACCACGGAGCUCUUCCUAGCUGAUCUAAUAUAUCAUCGAUACGAGGAAUUGGAAACUUGUCAGCAAUGAGUUUUUUAUUUAGCUGGCGAAAAUCAAUGACUUACCUCCAUACUUUUUGACCGUCAGGAGAUUUUUUGGGUACCAGUAAAACUGGGUUAUUAUAGUUGCAGAUUGAUGGCUCUAUAAUAUUUUGUUCCAAUAAUUUAUUGACUUGUUCGAUUAUUUCUUUUUUUUUGAGUAUGCGGAAUUCUAUAAUUUUUAAUAUACACGGGUGACCUAUCAGUCAGUCGGAGUUCUUGUUGAUAAAAGUUGUUAACUGUUAUUUUAUCUGACUUAAGGGCAAAAAUAUAUGAAAAUUCGUUGCCUAACUUAAUUAAUUUUUCUUUGACAAUCUCAGGUACAUCUUUAACAUUAAGCUGCGUCAUGAGAUUAGAAUUUCUAUCGUUAUAUUCUGUAUCGAUUUUAUAGAUAUUAAAUUUUGCUAGGCUUGUCGUUUUUAGCUGAAUAUUAUUAAGAGUAACGUUUUCGCUUGUAUUAAUAAUUUUAACAAUAGGGGAUUUUUUUGAGACCACAGUUCUCGCAACAAAGAUAUCAGAUCUUAGUUCCGCAUUUUCUACUGCUGAAUCUUCUUUAACAAAUUGUAGGCUUUUUAUCUUUCGUAGUACCUCACACUUAGCUGGAAUAACUAUAGAGUCUUCAGAAAUACUAUUUUGAAUUGGUAUAAUAAUAUUAUUAUUAUUCGGCCUAAUAGUCAUAGUCCAAUCCGAAUAGUUUAAAUUACAUUUGAAUAUGGCAAUAAAAUCUCGACCCAAUAUUGCAUCUGUCGGGAUCGGAAAUGAGGAAUCUACUACGUGAAAAGAAUGUUCGACUUCGUGUCCAUUAACAGAAAUGACCGUUCUUGCAAUACCUAAAGUUGUGAUAACUUCAUCUGUUACUCCUUUAAUUUGACUAGGGGUGUGUGAAUUUAUAAUUUUAUUUGGCUUAUUGUGUCAUUUUUAAAUAUAGAAAUAUCUGCACCAGUAUCGAUUAAAAAAGUAUUUUCCUGACCAGUCAUUUCUGUAAAAAAUACAACAAAGUUGGAGAAGGAACGGUUCAUGUUAAACACAUUAUUUACGAGAUAUCCCCCAACCUCCCGGUUUGGGGGUCCAUUUCGUUUCUCUGGUCAGGGUAUUGUGCUAACUGCCCUAACUGACCUGUGAAAUGAGUUGUUGGCUCUAUUGAUAUUAGUUUGUCUGUCAUUAUUAUACCUGUUACUUGUAUUAUUAUUAAAACCGCGAUUAUUUCUCCCACGUUCAUUAUUGUGCCUAUUGAAAUGUUGGCUGCGUCGAGUGUUAUUGUAAUAAUUAUUUCAAAUCUUGAGGUUUGAUUUCUGUCCUUAACCCGCUAUACUUCACUUCUACGUAAUAAUAAUAAUUAUUAUUAUUAUUGUUAUUAGCUCGCCUACCUCUAUUAUUAUAAAAAAAAUCUGUUAUUAUUUCUAAAAUUAUUUUGACCUGAAUUAACAUAAAAAACGUUUGAAGUUGAAGCCUGAGCAUUAUUAUUUAUAUUUAUAAAUUUAUUGACAACCUCCUGUACCUGCCUCUAUAGCUACCCUAGCCCUUUCGGAAUUAGCAUUCUGAGCUAAGGCUCUUACUGUUUCAUCAGUAGGAUACUUUGCUGCGACAUCGGCGUGGACACCCUCGCUAAUAUAUGCCGUUUUUAAUUUUUCAGCUAGAGAUUCAACAUCCGAAGCAUAACUUACAGUAUCUCUAGCAUGUUGCCUAAUAGCUUUAAUAGCUUUGUUGUUAACAGCUGUGAACUCUCUCCUUUAAUUUUUGAACGCAAAGUGUUUAUAAUUUCUGCAAGGGAUGCUUCGGUAGUUAUUAAACCUCGAGCCUUACUUGUAAGUCCUAUUUUAACGUAGGCUACUGCGUUUGCUUCAUGAUCGCCCGAAUUUUCAUUAAGUAAUGUAAGAGCAUCUAAAAUCUAAAAAUGAUUGUAGUCUGUCAUGUGAGCCAUCAAACUCCUGAGGUACUAUUUUCCCAGCUAAAUAAAAAAACUCUAAAUUUGACAAAGGCAUAUUUAUUUCCUCUUCGUCGCUCGAUGCUAUAUAAUACUCGUCCAAAAUUAACUUCUUAACUGGGCCAAGUUAAUCGUAGAAAUAGCAAACUCACGAGUUAUCUGCUUCCUAAUAUGCUUCUUGUUUAUUUGAAAGGACUUUAUGAUCACCAUCACGAUAAGCAAAAUAACUAUUAUGUACAAAAUUGCUUUAACGUCCUUUUUAAUGUUGUAUUCUUGCUCCUGCACUACAAAGUUUGAAUUGACUACCCCAUUUUCUGUCAAAUCUUGGUGAGUGGAUUUGCUUUGCCCCAUUUUGCUGAUUUGCUUAUCGCCAGUACAUUGCAAUAUAUUUGAAAAAAUGAGUAAAAAAAAAGGAACACUUUACUUUUAAUCGGGCCCAGAAUAAUCUUUUUCUUUAACAACUUAUUAUUUCUCCAUGAUUCGACUGGUCAAGGGUCGCCAUGUAAUAACCCAGCUAUUAAGGGCAAGUAAAACAAAGAAGAUUCCCCAUCUAAAACUGUGCCUAAUAUUAUAAAUAAUUCCUUUACAUUAUCCACUUCCUAAAAAAUUAAAAUAAUUUAUUAUUCUUACUAAUGUUAUUAACAGACAUAUCAGCGGUAGGGUCCGCUGAUCAAUUGACUUUCCUAAAAAAAAUUCUUAAAAUUAGAAAUACCUAUAGUUAAAAACAUACCUGGUGUCUAUUUGGACUAUCUAUUCUCUAUAUCUUCUUUCCAAUAUUUCUUUAUAGUAAAUAAUACUUGUUUUCGUCUUUCGUAUAACAUAUUUGACCGCUGAGCGGCUAAAUCUGCAGGACUAUUAGUUAUUGCUAAGAUAUUCCGACGUUUCUGGCCAUAUGAGACUAUAUGUUUUGGUUUUGCUAUGGUAAUAGGAACAUUUGGAGAAAUUUUUUCAGUUUAAUUUUCAUCAGACAUCGAUUCUGGGAAUAGCAUUGAUCUUUUGGAACUUACAAGAGGACCUAAUUUACUUACUUUUAUCUGGCAAGGGGGAAUCAAACAGAGGCUGAUUUAAUAGUUUUCUGACAGCAAAUAUAUGGCGACACGGCAAAAGUAUGGAAAUAAAAUAUGAACAGGAGCAGUGUCCGUAUUAAUCGUCCCUUCUGAAGGUUUUAUCAAAAAAGAAUUAUGACGUACUGAAUUCUGCUGUAUAUUUUUUACCUUUCUUGAAAAUUCUAGCUGUUUGAUUAAUGGUUGUCCGAGUUCUUAUGCAAAGGUUUCAACACUGUCUGUUUCAAAUUUAGUGACAGUAGUGUUUUAAUUUACUAUAUAUGAACUAAUGGACGCGCUACUGAUAAUAUAUUCCAAUCUAUUAUUAAUAUUAUUAUGAAAACUAUUUUUGCGGAAUUCUGUAUGCACUGACUACUGAUACUUAAUAUCAUGCCAAUUUUUCAUAUAAUAGAUUAAAGCUAUCCAGGGUUUUUGUAAAAUCUUCUUCAGAUUUGGCAUAAACUAAAUUUUGAAAAUACUCUAAACAUAGGUUUUUUUGACUUUCAGUUAUACCCAUUUUUUCACACUUAAUUUCACGACAGAAGCUUCUCAUGGUGUGGAAGAUACCAAACUUCAGGAAACAAUUCCUUAAUUACAUCUCGCUAUUUUAUUCCUGUGGCUUUCCUGUUAACUUAUUUAAAAGUGCUUAAAAACCAACUAAUAUUUUGUUUACGUUCCGAAACCAAAAACACAUGCUCACUAUCUGACUUUGAUACUGACCAUCUUCUACUAGCCUGAAAUAAAGUGGAAUACCUAUAUUUAAGAGUUUGUAUGUAACAACUGCUAUAAAUUCAGAAAAAUAUUCAAAAAUAUAUAAGGAGAUAUAAUCAUAUAAGGAGUUUAGGAAAACAGUACUUGGAAAUUUGAAUCACAAUCUUUUAGAACAGAAACUUCACACUCACACAAGACAAAAAGUAAAGUUUAUAAUUUAAAAGCAGGUAUAUUAUGUACGUUCUUACCAUAUUUAUCCUGUAUUAGCUUAAUGCAGUAGGCUAAAUUAUCCCUCUUCACAUAUUUAACAGAUGCCAAAAUAGACAGGUCUUAGUAAAAUCACUUUUCUAGUUUUUUUUAUCGUUUUUUCUUUAACAAGUUUUUUAUUAGUCCUAAUAACUCUUAUAUAAUAUUUUUCAUAUCCUCAGGCAUUUGUCUUUGAACUACGUAGUGGGCAUAAUAUUCCUGUAAUAAUUACUGUCAUGUUAAAUAUUUAUCAAUAUUAUUAUUAUUAUCAUGAUUAUUAUUAUUAUUACUAUUGUUAUAAUUUGUUUUAAUAAUAUUGUUAGUAGAAAAAAAACGAUUUUGAUAUAUAUUUUUUUUAAUUGUAUGAUUGUGUUCAUUGUUCAUUCUUCUAAACUUUUUCCGUCUUUGACAGCCCUAAAUCUGAUAAAAAAGGACACUCCUUUCUUCUUCUACAACGUAGAUCAUUAUAUCAUUAAUGGAUUCUAUUCAUUGCAGUAGCAAAAAAUAUUAUGGAGUAUAUAUCAUUAUAUAUACAUAGGUACUUACAAUGAUUCACUUAUGCCCUUGCUACAGGAAACAAAACCUCUGCCUCCGUGUACACAAGCAUAUUUUAGUUCAUAAUAAAUAAGUGUAUCACUUAAAAAAGGCUUAACUGAAUUAUCCUUGUAUCUUGUUUUUAUAAUAUGGUAUAAUUCCUUUUUGAAUACUCAUCAAUUGCUUUCUGAACCUCCUCAUAGCUUUCAAACUCUGAGAUCCUAUCUCAAUAUUAAUACCACAGAAUAAACUAGCUACGCGUAGCUAGUUCAAUCUGUGUUAAUACUGACAUCAGUCGACAUGGUAUGUUUUAUACAGUAGAGAGUUACUUACUAAGUAUUUGCCUAGAAAUUUGAAUAAAAUAAUAUAGCUAUUACCUACCUAUAACAUAUAUGUACAAAUCGUGUUUUCGUUCGUUACUUAUAGGAAACCGCAUAGAGGCGAAAUUUUGCAACGUCGCGCGUGUACGAAUGCCUGCGACAGAACACCGCCCCGGCCGGCCCGAGGACGGGAUUAGUAAACAUCUGACUUUCGUGGGAGCUGCGUCGUUUGGCGACAAAAUGUCCCAAAAUAUUACGCGAAAAUCCAGGCAUUUUUUAAAUAUUUAUUCUAAUGUUUUACAGACAUGACAAUGUGUAAAACCCCCAUAGAAUUGUAAUCUUAAAAUGUUUAAUAUGCUGUGUUUACCAUAAUAAAAAAUUAAAGCGUUAUUCUAAUAAAAAAUAAAAUAUCAACUCUAAUAAAAAUAUAAUAAAAAAUCAGAAAUAAAACUCUAAUAAACAAACUUAACAACACAUCAUUUUUUAAAUAAAAUCUCAAAUAAACCGCCUCCUUUCGCUAAACAAAAACUUAACCUAUCGUAAAAGCUACUUCGCACCUCCAAAAGAGUUUCAGGUAAAAUGGAAUUGACACCUUCGACAAUUUUAUUUCGCAACUCCUCUAAAUUUGUUGGCCUACUAAAUUCAUGCUUGUAAAUGGUCUGCUUAAGGUAACCCCACAGAUAAAAGUCAUUUGGAGACAAAUCUGAAGAUCUAGGAGGCCAUUUAAUAUCGCCAGUCCCACUAAUAAGGCGGUUAGGAAAAGUAUUUGUUAAAAAUUCUUUUACCCUAGCCGGGUUAUGAGCAGGACAGUCUAUUCUCAAAUGUCACUGAAAACAAAUAUCUACAUUGUACUGCCGAAUUGCCUCCAUAAAAGCAUUUAAUUAGUUGAACUCUUUCGGAAGGGGUAUAAAGAGCCAUAGUGAAAAAAAACACGAAAAUAACGCUCAAAAAUUAUUAAUGCAAUGUGCAGUGGAAUUUUUCGUUUUUAAAUAUAUACAAUAUAUAUAGGAUAUACAAGGUGCUACAAAUUCCGGUGCAAAUAUUUUAAGCAAAAUGUUUUUUUCCUAUAAACAUGUGUCCUAAAAUACAACCCCUCAGAGCUAUAGCCGGCGCAAAUUGCCUCAAGAAAUACGAUUUUUUAGAAUCGCAACUACAAUUAUGCAUCAUUUCUUCUCAAAAUUUGAAUGUCUCCAUUGUUUGGGUGCCCUUUUUAUUGAUGGUUCGUAUGGUGGAUCUGAUGGUCCGUAUCUUAUGUUCCCUAUAAGAAACUUAAAAAUCUAACAGCACCAUCCAGUUGGCCAUGUAAAAAUACAACAUUUACAACAUUUUUGUCUCUUGCAUUUUUCCGACAUAAUUAAGCGUUUUCGAGAAAAUCGUUGAUUAACAAAAGGGGAGCAUUAUUAAAACCGGAUUUAUCUUUUAAAUUAGAAAAAACGAAGUAAGCUGUGACUGUUUUAUUUUUUGUCAAAUCAAAUUAAUUUUAUCCAAAAUUGAAAAAAACGAUAAUUUUGUAUUUUUUUAUUAUUCAUUAAAUGGUGUUCUACAUUUUUAAAUUUCUUAUGAGAAAUAUAAGAUAUGAGCCGUCAAAAGGCUAAAACUGUAGUUAGUUCCAAAUAAUCGAUUUUCUUAAAGAAAUUUGCGUGGCUGUAGCUCUGAGGGGGUGCUCUGAGGAUACAUUUUAUUGGAAAAAAAGUCUUAUUUUAACUCCAACAAUACGCUCUUAAAAUAUUUGCAUCGAAUUUUGCAACACCCUGUAUAUAUUGAACUAAUUAUGCAGAUUAGCUAUCUACUUACCUAUUUUUUCAGUUAUAUCUGUUAUAAAAAUAAUUGUAAACUAAUAUUUGAUCUCAAGUACUGAGAAAUUCGCAGAAAAUAAACAAAUAAUAAAAAAAAACAAGAACAUAACCUCAUUUUUUUUCGCAGCUAAGAUUUAUUCAGCCGGUAAACAUGCUAUUUGUGAUGUAACAAAUGACGUCAUAUCUAAUUUACUAGGUGAAUAUCGCCAGCGGUUUAUGGUCUACUAGCCAAGCGCAUAAUAAUAUACCACUUUAUAUUAUUGUUUAUGUAAAUAUAUGUGAGCUCGUCUGCGCCAGUUAUAUUUUUGUUAUCAAAGUUCUUUUGUACAAUUUCAACUUAUAUUUAAAAAAAUAUUCGUUUAUGUUUAUGUAUGAAUCAUUUUUAUAUUAUAUGUAGUUUAUUGUAAGCCUAAAAAAAUUAAUGUACACAUUUUAUAUUCUCCCUGGAACUCUGCGGGUGGUUAUCUGUAAAUAAAACUAUUAAUAAAAUAAAA